CAACAUCAAACCCUCCUUCCGUCCCUGCUUUUUACCUCUCCUCCUCCUCUCUCCAAUUCCUUCAUUUCUCGUCCAAUUGCCAGUACACCGGCAACAGAUCGGCGACACUCUCCGCCUCCUUUCUCCAAUUCCUUCUCUUCUCGUCCAAUUUCCGGUACACCAGCAGCAACGAUCAGUUUGUAUCACCGAGUUCCCAAGCCCUUGCUUGCAGAUCACCUCUUAAUUUUCGCCUCCUCAUAAGUCGCUCGUAAACUUCAGAAAUGGCGAGUUACUAUGACAUUGGCGAUAUUCUCACCGAUGAAGAGUUUGUUCCCGUGGUAUUUCACAAGGCGGCAAACGGAGUGAUAAUUGAUCCGAGUUCUGAAACAAAUUCUGUUGAACAAGGUGCGAAGGUCGAGCUGCAGUUGUGGCUUGCUCAGGAGUUACACUGGAGGCAAGCUGUGUCGAUUAAUGUUCCUCCCUGUUUCAAUCAGAGAACAAGGCUUGAAAUCCAAGCUGAUGCUGCAUGUGUGGAUCUUAGAUCUCGGUGUCCUUAUUUCUAUGAAUUUGGAUGCAAGAUACUGCCUCUAGUUGGUGAUAAAACCGUUGAAUUCUUGCUCUUAUCUGCAUUCAAGAUCAGGUAUAAAGAAAUUCUGACCAAGGCUUACACUGCAGCAUACAUGGCAACUUCCAAAGUCCCAACACUUCUAACAAGAGAAGAAACCAACCUGUAUGAGGCUGCUCAGUCUUCCAUGUCAGCCUUUAAGAUAUGGCGGAUGGGUGGCCCCAGAUUGCAAAGAGCUUCAGUUCUUGGGAGGAAAAGGAAAUCUAUUGACUAGGUGCUAAUUCUAACUUGAAAAUAACUCUAAUCCAGUCACUCACUCACUGACUGGCACUGCACUCAAAUUGUUUGGUCCUGCAUGUGCAAAGUACUUUUGCUUCAAGUGGAGAUUCCAUCUGUUGUGUUCACUAUAAUCGAUUCCAUGAGUCAUGAUAACAACUUGACUUGAUUUUAUACCCUCUUCUUUCGGUAAAAAGAAAAGGACAGAUUCCAA